UAUAUUCCCAUCUCCCCUUUUGCUUUGCUUGUGGCGUCAGUUAAUGCCCAGCCACAGUGUCCUUGCUGUGUGCUGCCACUGCUGCUGCACAGAGGGAGCUGCCCGGAUCUGGUGAGGAAAGAUGGCUUUCUGGACGCAGCUGGGGCUGCUGCUGUGGAAAAACUUCACCUACAGAAGAAGACAGACUUUUCAGCUGCUGAUUGAAGUCGCUUGGCCUCUUUUUAUCUUCUUCAUCCUGAUCUCUGUAAGACUUUCAUAUCCGCCCUACGAACAGCAUGAAUGUCACUUCCCAAACAAAGCCAUGCCCUCAGCUGGAACACUGCCUUGGAUACAGGGGAUCAUCUGCAAUGCCAACAACCCCUGCUUCCGCUACCCGACCCCUGGAGAGUCCCCCGGCAUCGUUGGAAACUUCAACGCCUCCAUUGUUUCCCGCCUGUUCUCGGAUGCCAAGAGGUUACUCUUGUACAGCCAGCAGGACACGAGCUUAAAGGACGUGCAGAUGGUGCUGGGCAAACUGCGGAAGUUGAAGAGGUCUGGCUCAGACUUGAAGCUCCGGGAUUUCCUGGUGGACAACGAGACCUUCUCAGACUUCCUCCGCCGCAACGCGUCCUUGCCGCCCUCCGCAGCAGAGGAGCUGCUCGACGCGGGCAUCAACCUGCAGCAGGCUCUUAUAUUGAUGCCUCUGUCCAGCAUCGGACAUGCAAACCCCUAUCCCCAAAUCCCAGAUUUUCCCUGUGUUUACGACCUGUAUGAAGUGUUUGCCAUGCUGGGCUUAGCAUACCCAAAUCCACUGCUGACCCUGUUGAAGAAAUCUGGCUAUCAAGUUGUUGUGUCUGGCUACCGCAUGCGGCUGCGAGAUCUCUGCAAUGCCUCAACGCUGUCCGAAUUUCUUACAAUCCAAAACCAGACGGUGGCCAUGGACUUUGAAACCUUCGUUUGCACCUUGCCAAAGGAGAAACUCCACGCAGCAGAACAGGUCUUCCAUGCUAACCUGGACCCUUUGAAGCCUCUUCGGACACGGAUCUCCUUCAAUUCUUCCUUGUGGGACCUGUCGGAAACCGUGGAGGCUGUGACAGAGAGCUUUGGGAAGCUUCUUAAUGAGUUGCAGAGCAUGAGGAGCUGGAGCGACAUGAGGCAAGAGGUGAUGUUCCUGACCAACGUGAACGGCUCCAACUCCUCCACGCAGAUUUACCAGGCGGUUUCACGCAUUGUGUGCGGCCACCCCGAAGGUGGAGGGCUCAAAAUCAAAUCCCUCAACUGGUACGAGGACAACAAUUACAAAGCACUGUUUGGAGGGAACAACACUGAAGAAGAUGUUAACUUCUAUGAUAACUCCACAACACCCUACUGCAACGAGCUGAUGAAGAACCUGGAAUCCAGCCCGCUCUCCAGAAUUAUCUGGAGGGCUCUGAAACCGCUGCUGAUUGGGAAGGUCUUGUACACUCCAGACACACCAGCUGUAAGGAAGGUCAUGUCUGAGGUGAACAGGACGUUCCAGGAGCUGGGUGUGUUUCGUGACCUCGGCGGGAUGUGGGAGGAGAUAAGCCCAAAGAUUUGGACAUUCAUGGAAAGCAGCCAGGAAAUGGACCUGAUUCGGACGCUACUGAAGAGCAAAGAUCUCUGGGACCUGCAGUUGCCUACUUCAAACUGGACCGUGGAUGACAUUGCCCGCUUCUUGUCCAAGAACCCGGGGGAGCUGGAGACGGCCAAUGGCUCCGUGUACACCUGGAUGGACGCCUUCAACGAGACCGACCGGGCUAUUCAGACCAUCUCGCGCUUCAUGGAGUGUGUCAACCUGGACAAACUGGAGCCUGUGGCAACAGAAGUCCGGCUUAUAAACAAGUCCUUGGAGCUGCUGGAUGAAAGGAGGUUCUGGGCUGGCGUCGUCUUCCCUGAAAUGGCUCCUAACAGCUUAGAGCUCCCUCAUCACGUCAAAUACAAGAUACGGAUGGACAUUGACAAUGUGGAAAGGACCAACAAGAUAAAGGAUGGGUACUGGGAUCCUGGUCCCCGGGCUGACCCCUUUGAGGACAUGCGCUACGUUUGGGGAGGCUUUGCCUACCUGCAGGACGUGGUGGAACAGGCCAUCAUCAGAGUGCAGACAGGCACGGAGAAGACCACCGGGGUUUAUGUGCAGCAGAUGCCCUAUCCGUGCUACGUGGAUGACAUAUUUUUGCGUGUCAUGAGCCGCUCCAUGCCCCUCUUCAUGACUUUGGCUUGGAUCUACUCAGUGGCUGUGAUUAUCAAGGGUAUUGUGUAUGAGAAGGAAGCCCGACUGAAGGAGACGAUGAGGAUUAUGGGCUUGGACAACGGCAUCCUGUGGCUGAGCUGGUUCAUCAGCAGCCUCAUCCCACUCCUGAUGAGUGCUGGCCUGCUGGUUCUGAUCCUCAAGAUGGGGAAUCUGCUGCCCUACAGCGACCCUAGCGUGGUGUUCGUUUUCCUCUCCAUCUUUGCCGUUGUGACCAUACUGCAGUGCUUCCUCAUCAGCACCGUGUUCUCCAGGGCCAACCUGGCAGCUGCCUGUGGAGGCAUUGUCUACUUCACGCUGUACCUGCCCUACGUGCUCUGUGUUGCCUGGCAGGACUACAUCAGCUUCUCGCUCAAGAUCUUUGCGAGCCUGCUGUCUCCAGUAGCCUUUGGCUUCGGUUGUGAGUACUUUGCACUGUUUGAGGAGCAGGGAGUUGGUGUACAGUGGGACAACUUCUUUGAGAGCCCAUUGGAAGAAGAUGGCUUUAGCAUCACCACAUCUGCUGCCAUGAUGUUGUUUGACACCUUCCUGUAUGGGGUCAUGACUUGGUACAUUGAGUCUGUCUUCCCAGGCCAGUAUGGGAUCCCCAGACCCUGGUACUUUCCUUUCACAAAGUCCUAUUGGUUUGGUGAGGAACCACAGGAGAGGCAACACCCUCAUCCUGACCAGAAGGGGCCUUCAGAAGUGUGCAAGGAGGAAGAGCCCAUGCAUCUGAGCCUUGGAGUUUCCAUCCAGAACCUGGUCAAGGUUUAUCGUGAUGGCAAGAAGGUUGCUGUAGAUGGUCUCACACUGAACUUCUACGAAGGGCAAAUCACCUCCUUUCUGGGACAUAAUGGAGCAGGGAAAACUACUACCAUGUCCAUCUUGACUGGCUUGUUUCCUCCAACCUCGGGCACAGCCUUCAUCCUGGGCAAAGAUAUCCGCUCUGAGCUCAGCGCCAUCAGGCAGAACCUGGGUGUCUGUCCACAACACAACGUGCUGUUUGACUUGCUGACUGUGGAGGAGCACAUCUGGUUCUAUGCUCGUCUCAAAGGGCUGCCGGAAAACAAGGUGAAGGAGGAAAUGGAGCAGAUGGCAACGGACGUUGGUUUGCCUCACAAACUCAAAGCUAGAACAAGCAAACUCUCCGGUGGCAUGCAGAGGAAACUCUCAGUUGCCUUAGCCUUUGUUGGUGGCUCCAAGGUCGUCAUUCUGGAUGAACCCACAGCUGGGGUGGACCCUUACUCUCGCAGGGGAAUAUGGGAAUUGCUGCUGAAAUAUCGGCAAGGUCGGACCAUCAUUCUCUCCACACACCACAUGGAUGAAGCAGACAUCUUGGGUGACCGCAUUGCCAUCAUUUCUCACGGCAAGCUGUGCUGUGUUGGCUCUUCUCUGUUCCUGAAGAACCAACUGGGAACAGGCUAUUAUUUGACCCUGGUGAAGAAGGACGUGGAUUCCUCUCUGAGCUCCUGCCGAAACAGCAGCAGCACGGUGUCUUAUCUAAAAAAGGAUGAUAGUGUCUCGCAGAGCAGCUCUGAUGCUGGCCUUGGCAGUGACCAUGAAAGUGACACUUUGACCAUAGAUGUCUCUGCAAUCUCAAAUCUGAUUACAAAACACGUUCCUGAGGCUAGGCUGGUGGAGGACAUUGGACACGAGUUAACUUAUGUCUUGCCAUACAAAGCUGCUAAAGAGGGAGCUUUUGUGGAGCUGUUCCAUGAAAUUGAUGAUCGUCUCUCAGAUCUUGGCAUUUCCAGCUAUGGCAUUUCUGAAACCACCCUGGAGGAGAUCUUCCUCAAAGUGGCUGAUGAUAGUGGUGUGGACGCAGAGACCUCAGAUGGGACCUUGCCAGCCAGAAGGAACAGGCGUGUGUUUGGAGACAGACAGAGCUGCCUUCGUCCAUUUACAGAGGAUGAUGCCUUUGACCCCAACGAUUCAGACAUAGAUCCAGCAGAAUCCAGAGAGACCGACCUUCUGAGCGGGAUGGAUGGCAAGGGCUCCUACCAGAUGAAGGGCUGGAAGCUCACGCAGCAGCAGUUCGUGGCUCUGCUGUGGAAGAGGCUGCUCAUCGCCAAGCGGAGCCGGAAGGGUUUCUUUGCUCAGAUUGUGCUGCCAGCUGUGUUUGUGUGUAUUGCUCUCAUGUUCAGCCUGAUUGUUCCUCCCUUCGGGAAGUAUCCCAGCUUGGAGCUGCAGCCCUGGAUGUAUGAUGAGCAGUACACUUUUAUCAGCAAUGACGCUCCAGACGAUGCAGGCACUCAGAAGCUUUUGGAUGCCCUUCUCAAUAAGCCUGGCUUUGGGACACGCUGUAUGCAGGGACACACCAUCCCAGACACUCCUUGCACGGUUGGGCAGAAGGAAUGGACCACGGCUUCGGUGCCAGACUCCGUGCGGGACAUCUUCCUGAAGGGCAACUGGAGCAUGCAGAACCCUUCCCCGUCGUGCGAGUGCAGCAACGAGAAGAUCAAGAAGAUGCUGCCCGUGUGUCCCCCCGGGGCGGGCGGGCUGCCUCCCCCACAGCGAGAGCAAGACACUGCUGACAUCCUCCAGAACCUGACAGGACGCAAUAUAUCGGACUAUCUAGUGAAGACCUACGCGCAGAUCAUUGGGAAAAGCUUAAAGAAUAAGAUCUGGGUGAAUGAGUUCAGGUAUGGUGGCUUUUCCCUGGGAGCCAGCAGUUCCCUCAUGCUUCCUCCAAGCCAUGAAGUCACUGAUGCAAUUGAACAUGUGAGGAACAUCUUGGAACUAGCACAGGGAAGUUCUGGAGAUCGUUUUCUCAACAGCUUGGGAAGUUUCAUGAAAGGCCUGGAUACAAAGAACAACGUAAAGGUGUGGUUCAACAACAAGGGCUGGCAUGCCAUCGCCUCCUUCCUGAACGUGAUGAACAACGCGAUCCUUCGGGCCAACCUGCAGCAGGGCAAGAACCCCAGUGCUUACGGGAUCACUGCCUUCAACCACCCCCUCAACCUCACCAAGCAGCAGCUCUCCGAAGUGGCCCUGAUGACCACGUCUGUGGAUGUCCUCGUCUCCAUCUGUGUGAUCUUUGCCAUGUCCUUUGUUCCUGCCAGCUUUGUGGUCUUCCUCAUCCAGGAGCGCGUCAGCAAGGCCAAACACUUGCAGUUCAUCAGCGGGGUGAAGCCAGUGAUCUACUGGCUGGCCAACUUUGUCUGGGAUAUGUGCAACUACAUUGUUCCAGCAACGCUGGUCAUCAUCAUCUUCAUAUGCUUCCAGCAGAAGUCUUAUGUGUCCUCCUCCAACCUGCCUGUGCUGGCCCUCCUUUUGUUUCUCUAUGGGUGGUCGAUCACCCCUCUCAUGUACCCAGCCUCCUUCGUGUUCAAAAUCCCCAGCACAGCAUAUGUGGUACUGACCAGCGUGAAUCUCUUCAUUGGCAUCAACGGCAGCGUGGCCACCUUUGUCCUGGAGCUCUUCACUAAUAAUAAGCUGAACAACAUCAAUGACAUCCUGAAGUCGGUCUUCCUCAUCUUCCCGCACUUCUGCCUGGGGCGAGGACUCAUCGACAUGGUGAAAAACCAGGCUAUGGCUGAUGCUCUGGAGAGGUUUGGAGAGAACCGCUUUGUGUCUCCUCUCUCGUGGGACCUGGUGGGGAGGAACCUCUUUGCCAUGGCGGUGGAGGGCGUAGUCUUCUUCGUCAUCACCGUGCUCAUCCAGUACAGGUUCUUCAUCAAACCCAGGCCUGUCUAUGCCAAGCUCCCUCCUGUGAACGAUGAAGAUGAGGAUGUAACCAGAGAGAGGCAGAGGAUAAUCAGUGGCGGAGGACAGAGUGACAUCCUGGAAAUCAAGGAGCUGACCAAGAUUUACAGAAUGAAGCGAAAGCCGGCAGUUGAUCGGAUCUGUGUUGGAAUCCCCCCUGGAGAGUGCUUCGGGCUCCUGGGAGUAAAUGGUGCUGGCAAGUCAUCCACGUUCAAGAUGCUAACUGGUGACACAGAUGUGACAGGAGGAGAAGCUUUCCUCAAAGGAAACAGUAUCUUGUCCAACAUCCAAGAAGUCCACCAGAACAUGGGCUACUGCCCACAGUUUGACGCUGUUAAUGAACUGCUGACGGGGCGAGAACAUCUGGAGUUCUUCGCGCUCUUGAGAGGGGUCCCAGAGAAAGAAGUCUGCAAGGUUGGCGAAUGGGCCAUUCGGAAACUGGGCCUCGUGAAAUACGGAGAAAAAUACGCAGGGAACUACAGUGGGGGCAACAGGCGCAAGCUCUCCACAGCAAUUGCCCUCAUUGGGGGUCCUCCCGUGGUGUUCCUGGACGAGCCGACCACAGGGAUGGAUCCCAAGGCGCGCCGUUUCCUGUGGAACUGUGCUCUGAGCGUCAUCAAGGAGGGGAGAUCCGUGGUGCUCACGUCUCACAGCAUGGAAGAAUGCGAAGCCCUGUGCACGCGGAUGGCCAUAAUGGUCAACGGGCGGUUCCGGUGCCUGGGCAGCGUCCAGCACCUCAAGAACAGAUUUGGAGAUGGUUAUACCAUCGUGGUGAGAAUUGCAGGGGCAAACCCAGACCUGAAGCCGGUUGAGGAAUUCUUUGGGCUUGCCUUCCCUGGAAGUGUCCUGAAGGAAAAGCAUCGGAAUAUGCUUCAGUACCAGCUUCCUUCUUCACCAUCUUCCCUGGCCAGAAUAUUUAGCAUCCUCUCCCAGAACAAAAAGAGACUCCACAUAGAAGACUACUCCGUUUCUCAGACCACUCUUGACCAAGUAUUUGUAAAUUUUGCUAAGGACCAAAGCGACGACGACCACACUAAGGACCUGUCAUUGCACAAAAACCAGACUGUGGUAGAUAUUGCAAUCCUUAAUUCGUUCCUGCAAGAUGAGAAGGUGAAAGAAAGUUGUGUGUAAGCCAAUUUCAGCAAAGAAAUGGUGAGCAGAAUGCAGACUGCCUUUGCCUGGGUAUGACGCUACCAAGGAAGAAGCUAG